CAGUCUUUUGGACCAAUUUGUCUAAAGAACAUGGUUAAAAAGACAGACUCUGUUUACAGACAAAGACAGAAUUCAUCUUUUGAUCUCGUAAAGCCAGAUGAAGGGACAACUUUGGCUGCGAAAUUUUGGUUCAGAGUACUUUGGGCCCUGUAAAACUUUUUAUAUUCAACAACUAUUUGACGCAAAAUCAGCAGAAUUAAAGAGAGUGUGGACAAGUUUUACGCUCUUUGAGAUUUGGAGCACUGUCGGGAGGAAAGUCCAAACUGAUAGUUAUUGAUUUCCUUCAUUUACGCUUGACUUACAGGGUUAUAAAAUUGUUUGGUGGCACUCCCAUAGCUGCUCAUUGUUGACUGUACCCAGCUACCGCGCCUGUGGUCCCCAACAUAAUAAUUAUCUAAUCUUGGAGCCUUUUGAUAAGAAUAUUGGUCUUGAAUUUUACACUGCUUGCUGCUUUGUCUAUUAUAAAUCACGGAUCUAAAUCCUCAUAGCAUUCGUACUGCAUUUUAAAAAUCCUGUUCUCUGUACUGAGAUUUAUUGAGAAAUGGGGAAUGCAAUUCCGUCCAGAGGACAUGGUCGGGUCAAGAUCAUGAAACUGGACGGACAAGUAACAAAGGUGAAGGCGCCUGUGACCGUGGAUCAAAUCCUGAAGGAUUAUCCAGGCUAUGUACUCUUGCAUUCGGAUUCUGUUCGUCAUAUGGGAGUUAAAGCAAAGCCUCUGGAUGGAUCUGCUAGUCUUAAGGCUAAGCACCUCUAUUUUCUUGUAGAAUUGCCAAAGAUCGAGAAUUUCCAGCGUGCGCCGCGUAGAGUGCGUUCUGGCAUAACCUUGGAUGCAAAGUCUAGGCUGGAAAACUUGCUUUUGGCGCGCAGGUCCAUCUCUGAUAUCUCUGUCAUGAAGUAUGAGCCGGCUGAGGCUGCUCCUGUUGAGAACGGAGCCGUUCGGCUUAAAGUCCGUCUCACCAGAGCUCAGCUUGAUAAAAUGAUGGCUGAAAGCCAAGAUAGCUCUGAGACUGCAGAGAAAAUCCUGCAGACAUGCUUUGAGAAUGCUCAGAAGACGGAGAAGGAAGAGGAGGAGCCAAAACAGAGCGGCCUUGCGUGGAAACCUGCUCUAGGGAGCAUUCCUGAAACUUGUCACAAGGCGCAGGGGAACCGGGUAAGAUUUCACCUGGCACAGAAUGAACAAGUCUUCUGACAGAUAAAGGAUUCUAUGCAGUCAUUGUAAAUAGUCAGAAGCAUGGAGGCCAUGUAUAGAUAGUGAGCACAGACCAUAUGUUGUUGCAUACGCCAUUAACAUAUGCUAUUAAAGUAAGUCUAGGUUUUAAUGAAUGAUGAGCAAGAUCUGUCUUUCGUUCAACAGAUUCUGGAAUUGGAUUGGACAACAGUAUUUCCCUUCAUGGAUAAAUCUGUUGUAAAUCCUGUCAGUAAACUGUGAUAAAUUAUUAAAGUUUUGAAUGCCUAAAAUAACAAACUGUUUUGAGAUUUA